AUGUGCUCCAACAACAACAACCCCAACCGCAAGAACAUCUGGGGCUACACCUUCGACUGGACCCCUUCCCACCUCACUUCCACCGACCUCCACCCUCUCACCCUUUCCUACGACAAACUGACCAACGACUGUCUAGACGAAUUCGACGCCCUCGGACUUACCUCCUCCUCCUCUUCUUCUUCUUCUGACCCUUCCCCUUCCCCUUCCCAAAAUAGCCAUCAAUGCCCCCUCCACCACCAUAACCACCACCACCACCAACCCAACGACUUCCUCCACCUCCUCCAAACUUACCACCCCUCCUCUCCCUCCCUCUCCACCCUCUGGAAACACCUAACCACCAUUCCCGCCUGGGUCUCCUACCCGUCCAUCGCGCGCGGUCAAGCGGUCUUCUACCGGUAUGCCGGGCCCGCCAUUACUUCCUUGACUUUUCAUUCUCUCUUGGGGGGGAUGGCUUCAGCGCGUGUGGUCGAGACACUAGCAAGAACAGGGGGGUUCGGGACGCGAGUGGCUAGACGGAGAUUGCUGGAGACGUUUCAGCAUAUUUUGGAUGUUACUGAGGGGGUGGGUGAUGGGGGAAGGGGGUGGAGAAGUACGGUCCGAGUGAGGUUUUUGCAUGGGAUGGUGAGGAGGAGGAUCAUGACUUUGGCUGUUCGAAAUGAUAGAGAUAAUGGAUACUGGGACACGCAAAAAUGGGGAAUUCCAAUCAAUGACCUAGACAGCAUCGCCACCAUUGCCUCCUUUUCCUCGGCCCUCAUCUGGAUGGGCCUACCCCGUCAAGGCAUCUUUUUGACCUCACAAGAGAUCAACGACUACUUGGCCUUGUGGCGGUACGUCGCUUAUCUUAUUGGCGUGCCCGACACCAUCACUUUACCCUCUUCUUCCGGUGGGCAACAGAAGAUCACGCCCUUUGGAAGCGCCCAGGAGGCCAAGGUGGUGAUGGAGUCAAUCAUGCUUUCGGAACUCAGCCACCCCAGCGAGACGUCCGCCGUGCUGGCCAACAACAUCAUCGCCUCCCUGGCGAACCAGCCACCCCUGCGCAGCUCCGAGUCGUUUCUGCGGGCGCAGGCGUACUGGUUGAAUGGCUCCAGUCUGUGCAAAGCCCUACAUAUCCCAAAGCCGGGAGUGUGGUAUGCCAUGUUGGUUAUCAGUCAGUGUUUGUUUUUCAUGGUGUUUUGCUAUUCAAGACAGGCGCACUAUCUUCUUUUGAAAUGGGUCCCGUCAUGGGGUGGUGGACCCCAAAAUGAGGGGACUGAAGUUGCUACUGGGGAGGAAAGGUAUAAGAGGGUGAGAAGGUGGAUGAGGAAGGUGGUUGUUGAGAUGGCAGGUGGGAAGGAGGCGGACUUUGGGUUUGAGUGGGUGCCUGAAUGGGGAAAGUAUACGGGUUCUGAGAGGGGUAAGGAGGAGGGAGGAGGUGGGAAGGGUAAGGGGAAGGGAAGGGGAAAAAAAGGUUGGAGGGAUUGGAUUGCUAGCAGGAAUGAUGGCUCUGAGUUUAGGAGUUUGAAGGCGUUUUUGGUUGCGAGUACAGUUCUGGGGUGCCUUGUCUGUGUUGGAGUUAGGGGGUUGUUUUUAGGGAUGGUGCCGUUAUUUCGUUGAUGAUGGUUUAGAGGUAGGAUGGGGCCCUUUUGGAUUGGCGUAUUGCUGGGCUUUGCAAAUCAUUGGGAAUCAAAGACGUUGUCAAGACUCAGGUCUAUGAUCAUAAUAUUGGGG